AUGGUCUCGCUAUCUCACCUGACGGUCUUCACUGUUGCCUUUAUACUUGCUGGAGGUAUGGGCGACGCCAAGAAGCUCCCAACCGGUGUUUGCUAUGCUCCGUGGCACCACGCCAUAGUCAACUCGCAAGUUCUCGCCGAGGACAUGUUACAGGUUGCUCAGCACUUCUCCAGUAUCCGCACGUACCAGGCGCAGUUCAAUGACGUGAACGCCAUAGUCAUGGCAGCUUCAGCCAACCUUAGCAUCGCAGUUGGCGUACAACUGACGGAUCCCCGGUGGAUUGAAGCCGAGAUCAAGGCUGUUUGCGACGGCUAUGCCUUACACCCUUCGGCCGUUGAGGCUGUCUACGUUGGCAACGAAAACCUCAAGAACGGGAUGGCGGACACAUACGCGGUUCGGCAGCUUGUCGACUACAUUCGUCGGGUCAAAAGCUGUGUAGGCAAUACACCGGUGGGCACGUCUCAGCGUAUCAACGAGUGGGUGAGCCCUGAAUUUGCCUCGAUGUUGGCAGGCGCAUGCGAUGUCAUCGGUGUCAACAUUCAUCCGUUUUUCACAUUCGGUCCUCAAUCUUCCAUUCAGAAGUUGCAAGCCCAGUGGGGCCAAAUGGUGUCGAAGUACGAUCCGAAAAAGGUCCGACUGACGGAGACGGGCUGGCCCUACGCUGGUGAAGCCUAUAAGAGUGGACCCUCUGAUUGUAAUGUCCCGUCGACUGAAGGCAUGACACAGUACUUUCACGAUUACGUCAACCAGUGGCGCCCUGGCACGAGCCAGUCGUAUUGGUUCAUGAUGUACGACACGACGACGAGCUACACUGGCGCAGAAUACGAGAAACACUUUGGACUUUUUGGCAUCGACAGGUCGCCGCACAUCGCGAUGCCGUGA